GCGAGUUAGCUCUCGCUACAGUUUUGUUUUCUCGGGUGUAUCUGCUGGAAAAGGUUUUCGUAAUAUGCGGCUAGAAUUUUCGCGACGCCCCGUAUAAUCGACGCCUAUAUAGCGACGAAGGCCCGCCCGUGAAAGGUAGAAGUUCAGGAAAGGUCUGGCCGCCGGUUUAGUCAACUUUCGAACCCCGAGCGAGGGACAGCCGCGGGUACCCCACCAUUUUUUUUACGAAAUCGUCGCCAAAACACGAUGACCCAAAGCGACGGCGACGCCGCCGGUGUCUCCGCCGUCCUCGUUACCGUCUCGUUGAUAUUCGCCUCAGCUGUUUUCCUGAUCCUUAAGUCUCUGUACGACAAGAGGCGGAUUUUCAAAUUCGCCGCGAAAAUCAAGGGGUUCCGGUUUUAUCCGGUGGUCGGGAACGGGUUCCACAUCAUCGGGAAGAACGUUUUCGAUGCCGUGCAGACCAUUAUCAAAGACCACGGACUGCCUUGCAAUAUGUGGGUCGGCCACGACUACAAUUACGUCACCGCAGACCCCCAAGAGGUCAAAAUCGUUCUCAACCAUCCGAACUCGUUCGAUAAGAUGAGGAUCUACGAUAAUUUCAAACUGGCGUUCGAAAAUUCGCUGCUCCUCGCUCCAGUCGACUUGUGGAAGAAGAACCGCAAGUUUUGCUCCAAGAGCUUCAGCCAGCCGAUUCUGAACAAUUUCGUUGAGUAUUUUUACAGAAAAAGCUGCACAUUGUUGGAGGUGCUGCGGGAUUCCGACGACAAGGAUAAAUUCGAGGUGUUCGAGAGGUACACCUUCGACAGUUUUUGCGAAAGCAUUAUCGGGUUGGACUACAAUUUGCAAGUGAAGCCGAAAGUUCGGCUGGUCGAGUGGAUCGGCGAGUUGCAGUCUAUCGGCGGGAGGCGGCUGAUCACUUCGUACUACUACCCCCUCCCCGUGUGGUUGUUUUCGGGAGAGGGCAGACGCGCCUACAAACUGCUGCGCAACGUCAUGACACUUAUAUACGGGGUUAUCCGGGACAAACGGAGGGCGUUCAAGGAAAAUCCAAUUUGCGUCGAUGCGAAUAGUCCGGGCCUGACCUUGCUGGACGCCAUGUUGCACGCGGAGGGCGAGAAGUUCAGCGACAAGCAGAUCUUCGAGGAGAUGUUCCUGUUCACCACAGCGGCCACAGAUACUUCCGGUUACACCCUGGCCUACAUAUUCACAUUAUUGGGGAUGCACGCCGACGUACAGGAAAGGGUUUAUAAGGAAGUAAUGUGCACCGUAGGUCGCGACAGGCCCAUCUAUUACGAGGACCUGCCCAAUCUGAAGUACACGGAGCGGGCCAUCCUCGAAUCCAUGAGGAUAUUGCCGGUCACACCGUUCAUAGGUCGCCUGUGUACGGGCGACAUCGACCUCGGCACGAAGAUCGUGCCGGAAGGUUCGAACGUGUUUAUAAGCGUGAUCGACUUGCAUCGCGAUCCAAAACAUUGGCCGGACCCGUUGAAAUAUGAUCCCGAUCGUUUUUUACCGGAGGAGACGGCCAAAAGGGAACCGUACGCUUACAUACCGUUCUCCGGGGGAUGCAGGAACUGCAUAGGUAAACCGUAUGCGCUAAUGCUUAUGAAAACGGCUGUGGCAAACGUAGUCAGGAAUUACGAGAUUUUCUCGAAAUACCGGUCGGUGUCCGAGCUCCGGUUGACGUCCUGUAUAACGAUGAAGACCGUCGACCCGAUCGAUUGUCGGUUCAAGUGGAGAGCGCAGGAGUAAAAGUCUUCCUCUUUUUUAACGUUUUGAAUUGGAAUCCUACUAGCUUAAUACAACUAACCAAAACUAGAACCCUCCUUUAGUGUCUCGUAGCUAAAAUAAACGUUAAAGCGAUGAA